UUCUUCCAGUAUAAGAUGAUAGACUCGUUUCUGGUUGGGCUCAUCUCUGACGAAAAAUUGGUGGAUCUUCUUGAUCUAGCUCUAUCUGCCGAUACUGUAAACACUGUGAAAAACUUGAGGCUGAUAAUUGAAAGUGGUGUGGAGCCAAUGGCAUUGAUAUCACAAAUUGCAACUGUAAUUACUGAUAUUCUUGCUGGUAGUUAUGAUUUCAAAAAAGAAAGACCUCGAAGGAAGUUUUUCCGACGUCAACCAUUAUCCAAAGAAGAUAUGGAAAAGCUACGUCAAGCUCUGAGAACAUUGUCUGAAGCUGAGAAGCAAUUAAGAAUGUCGAAUGAUAAAUUAACCUGGCUUACAGCUGCAUUACUUCAACUUGCUCCUGAUCAGCAGUAUAUGUUAUCCAGUUCUGCGGAGACUAGCUUUAACCACAGUCCCUUGGCCCUGAAUAAUGUGAAUGGUAGGGGUUUAUCAAGGAACGCUCACCAGCUUGCUGAAAUACCUCAGAAAGGAUUGUCAACAGAUUUAUAUGACAAUAGAAUGGCCGAAGGCAUCAGUUUAGACAAAAAAAGACAUUCUGGAGUUGGUGUGGCUCCUCAGCAGACAAUUGCAAGCGCUGAUGAUUUAAUCAAGUCUAGUGGAAAGCAGGUUUCUGGUAAAGAUAUUGAAGAAAUUUGGUUGGAGGUGCUAGGAAAAAUUCGGAGAAAUAGUAUUAAAGAAUUUUUUAUUCAAGAAGGGAAGCUUGCAUCAGUGAGUUUUGGUGCAGCACCAACUGUGCGCUUGAUAUUCAAUUCACAUCAUGCAAAAUCAAAAGCAGAGAAAUUGAGAGAGCAAAUCUUACAAGCAUUUGAGUCUGCUCUUGGGUCAUCAGUGAUAAUUGAAUUUAGAUGUGAAUUGAAAAAUCAUUCAUCAGUUACUCUACCUGCCUCCAAGAAUGGUUUGUUACAUAUUAGGGACAUGAGCAGUUGUGAGCCUCAAGCUCAGUUAUCACACUACGGUUCCGGUGAAGUUGGAAGAGGUGAAAUUGUUGAAAUAGAUGCUUUACCAAGGGUAGCCCAUAAUCAAAGAGAAUCGAAUCAUAGGAAUUUGGAAGGUUCACAGGGAGAAGUAUCAGUCUCACGCAGGAACUCGACCAUGCCAUCAAUUUCAGAAACAAGAGAAGGUGGAGCUCAAAGUCAGAGUCAAAGAAUUGUGAGAAGCAAAGUAUCUCUGGCACAUGUUAUUCAGCAGGCAGAAGGAUGUUCACAGAGAAAUGGACGGUCCAAACACAAAGCUGUAUCUAUAGCUGAAGAACUUGAGCAGGAAAACUUGAGACUUGAACCUCAAUCAAGAAGCUUAUUAUGCUGGAAAGCAUCUAGAGUUACUCAAAGAAAGCUUUCACGGUUAAAAAUCAGAAAUCGAAGGCCACAGUCAUUGCUGAAAUUCGUCUCGUGUGGGAAAUGUCUCUCUGCUUAGUUGGGCAAGGUUUCAUUCACUCCCAUCUUCCUCAGGAUGUGUGGCAGCUUAUAACAUAAUGAAUAUUGAGCAUAUGUAUAUACUUUUCCUCCAGGAGUCCAUGAAUAUGAUGAUGCAAGUAAACGUGGGGAAAUUAGUCUUUCUUCUUCCAUAGCAUUUGCACAGAAUACACAAGUAGUUCUAACUUGCUCUUCCUUUUCAGGAUGCCAAGCAAUUCUAUACCCUCAAACAAUCACAGUGCAUCAGAACUGUUUUUGGUAUGUAAACAAAGCUUCUCUGCUGCUACAUACACUUACUAACCGUUAAAGUUCUUCGUUGAAGGCUUGAAACAUUAUUGGCUCCAGGCUGCCGUCAAGUGGGGUGAAAUUGAGUGUACAAGAACUGUUUUUCAAAAUUUUAUGUAUAAGAAUAGUAAUACAGCAUUUGUCUGCAAGUUAUGCAACAAGUUUAUUAGAAAGUG